AACUGCAUUCAGUUCAAAGAGAAAGAUCUCUUCUCCUCCUUCAUUUUCAAGCUACAUUGAUCAUUUAUUAGUCAGCUGCAGUUCUUCUACUUCGUUUUGAUAUCUCUGUUGUGUUUUCUUUCAACCCAUUAAUGGUGUUGAUGUGAGAACAGUGGAUUCUUUUUGUUUCUGGGCAUUUCUGAUUUCUGGGUGUAGUGUUGAUUGAUAUUCACGAACUUGUACUCUGUUUGUGUGUGUCAGUUGGGUUCUUUCUUGGUUUUUUUUUUAUCCAGAUUGAAGUUUUAGUGUUGUUUGUUCGGAAUUCAGGGAAAUUGAAUUUGGGUUUUUCUGCUAGUGUUGAAAUAUUGGAGUUUUGGGGUACAUUUCUACAUUUUCGAUCAGCUAUUAGCUAUACAUUUUAUAGUAUUUUGAGUUUAAGAAGGAAAUGAAAGAUGGUUUCUUGGCUGGAUAGGACUGUAGCAGCUUUUUGCCGACCUUUAGGUCGAUAUGUCGGUUUGAGCAGCAGUGAAGAUGGUGUUCUGGGAGGUGAAGAUUACCCAUUGCUAUGGCAUAGAGACCUUGAGAAACAUUCAUGUGGGGAGUUCUCUUUUGCUAUGGUACAGUCUAAUGAAGUAUGUGAAGAUUAUGGCCACGUUGAACCAGGUCGUGAAGGUACCUUUGUUGGGGUUUAUGACGGCCAUGGUGGCCUUGAUGCUUCAAGAUUUGCCUGUGAUAACCUUAGCCGCCAUUUAAUAACGCUUGCUCGAGAAAAGGAAACAAUAGAUGAAGAAGUCCUUAAUAAUGCCUUUGCUGCAACUGAAGACGGCUUCCUUUCUAUUGUGGAAAGGGAAUUUCAUGAUGAUCCAACAAUUGCGACAACGGGGUGCUGCUGUCUGGUUGGAGUUAUCUGGAGAAGGACAUUAUAUGUUGCUAACCUGGGGGACUCUAGAGCAGUAUUAGGUCAUAUAGGAAGAUUCAAUCGGAUUGUUGCUAAGCAAUUGACUAAUGAUCAUAAUGUCAGGAUCAAGGAGGUCAAGGAUGAACUGAGAGCUCUGUACCCAGAUGAUCCAGACAUUGUGGGUCGUGUCGGAAGAACAUGGCGUGUUAAAGGCAUUAUACAGGUAACUAGAGCAAUUGGCGAUGCAUCUCUGAAGAAGCCAGAAUUUGCUCAUGGUGUAAUGGAACCUUUUAUGGGGCCAGUAGUAAGAGCUGAUCCAUCUGUCUCUUCAAGAAAGUUACAACCAUGCGAUAGAUUUGUUAUAUUUGCUUCUGAUGGGCUGUGGGAUCUCUUAAGCAAUGAAAAGGCUGUACGAAUUGUGCAUGCCUACCCUAGACAGGGCAUAGCUAGAAGACUUGUUCUAUCAGCCCUGAAUGUGGCUGCACGUGCAAGAAAGUUGAAGUGCGAUGACCUUAUGAAUUAUGACAAAGGUGUCAGGAGGGCCUUUCAUGAUGAUAUAACAGUCAUAGUCAUCUUUAUAGAUCACGAGAAGCUGAAUGACGAAUUAACUGUACCUGGCAUGUCAGUUCGAGGAUUUGUAGACACUCAUCGACCAUCAGAUUUUAAUAUUGAGCAUGAGGUUGCUACAGAGACCGAACACACAGAGAUUGAAGCUACAGGGACCGAACGCUCAGAGACCGAACCCACAGAGACUGAAACCACAGGGAGUGAACCCACAAGGACCGAACGCUCAGAGACUGAACUCACAGAUACUGAAGCCACAGAGACCGAACCCACAAAGACUGAACUCACAGUGACAGUAUAACAAGUUGUUUGCACUUGAUCUCCCAUUUUUGCCUUGUUUUACCAAUUAACAUUUUGAUAUACAGUCCAGAUGAACAAGCAAGACUAUUAGGUUACCCAUAUGCCACCACCAUCCAAAUUGUUGAAUGUACAAAGACAUGCUGAGGAAACUACCUGUUAUUGUUUGUU